CGGAUCGAAUCGAAGCAUCCAAGCCGCCAAAGCGGAACAACGCAGGGACGCUCCGCCGUCCCGGCCGCCGAAACUAGUCCUCGUUGCGAAAGCAGACCAGCCGCUUCGAAGCGGGGAUCAAAGGCGUCCUCCCCCUCCGCAGCUUCAAUCGGCUGGGCGCGUGGAUCCGAGACCCCGGUCGCUUCCGUCUCGCGGUGUUCGUUGAGACUUGAGACGAUAUGCCUAAGAUAAAGACAAGCCGUGUCAAGUAUCCUGAAGGAUGGGAGCUUAUAGAACCAACUCUGCGUGAUUUGGAAGCCAAGAUGAGAGAAGCUGAGAAUGAUUCGCAUGAUGGGAAGAGAAAGUGUGAAGCUCUCUGGCCGAUCUUCCGUAUUUCUCAUCAAAAGAGCCGCUACAUAUAUGAUCUUUACUAUCGAAGGAAGGAGAUAUCAAAAGAGCUGUAUGAAUUUUGUUUGGACCAAGGUUAUGCCGACAAAAAUCUGAUUGCUAAGUGGAAAAAGCCAGGUUAUGAGCGACUUUGCUGCCUCCGAUGCAUACAAACACGAGACCACAACUUUGCAACCACUUGUGUAUGCAGGGUGCCCAAGCACCUUAGGGAAGAAAAAGUUAUAGAGUGUGUCCAUUGUGGAUGCAGAGGGUGUGCCAGUGGUGAUUGAAGCUGCCAUCCUGUGGAUGCAAAUAAUUCGAGUCUAAUUGCUCAAGAUGUUCCGUUGUAUUUGAUCUCUGAUAAGGCAGGCACCAUAUGACCAUAUAAUCAGGCGAUUCAUGUGGUGAGUAUACCUGGGCUAUGUCAUGCGUGUGGUGACGAUUUCCUAGCGUGUUGGGUUCACAACUGGUUUGGUAAAAACUAUCCAGAUCUUGCUUGAUGGAUUACUGUACCCUGCUAGAACUACUUAAAACUGUAUGACCACUUCUUGCUAUGAUAGUACCAGGCUAUCUACUAU